AUGGGGAACAGCCUCUCCAACCUGGCCGCCUUCCAGUCCCUGCACAUAGUCAUGCUCGGUUUGGACUCUGCGGGCAAAACCACCGUCCUGUACCGGCUGAAAUUCAACGAGUUCGUCAACACGGUGCCGACCAUCGGCUUCAACACGGAGCGGAUCCGGCUGGGCGGCGCGGGGGCCUCCAGGGGCAUCAGCUGCCACUUCUGGGACGUCGGGGGCCAGGAGAAGCUGCGGCCCCUCUGGAAGCCCUACAGCCGCUGCACGGACGGCAUCGUGUACGUGGUGGACUCUGUGGACGCGGAGCGGCUGGAGGAGGCCCGCACCGAGCUGCACAAGAUCACCCGCUUCUCCGAGAACCAGGGCACCCCGCUGCUGGUCAUCGCCAACAAGCAGGACCUGCCGCGGGCGCUGGACGUCGGGGAGAUCGAGAGGCAGCUGGCCCUGGCCGAGCUGAGCCCGUCCACCCCGUACCACGUCCAGCCGGCCUGCGCCAUCAUCGGAGAGGGUCUGGACGAGGGCAUGGACAAGCUGUACGAGAUGAUCGUGAAGAGGAGGAAGUCUCUGAAGCAGAAGAAGAAGAGGCAGUGAUGAGAAGUGUCACCGGUCAUUCUGUGGACGCAUCAUGACACCAUAGCAGAUUAAAGAACACCCCAUCAACUCCAUCACUGAUCACCAGUCUCCAUGUAAGAAGGAAAUAUAUUUAUAGUGAGCUGAAGAGAAACUCAUCCACGUGUUCCUGCUGGAAUACCUGCAGAAACUGCAUAGUCAUGACUGGUAUAAGAUGUUCAAAUAAUCAUAUUAAUCUCUGGUUUGUGGGGUGGUGGUGGUUCGCCUUGACUGUUUCUGAGUGAGUGAUCAUCAGGGAUGUGGAGAUGUUCUCCAGAGCAUGUGGACCUCCUGGCAGAGCUCCCCGUUGCUGCCCUGUUGUGCUGUGCACAGAUGUGAGACUGUUGUAAAUGUGAUGAGGGAUGCACUGAUGAUGCAAAGAUGAUUCCCCUGAGAAGACACGCAAAAAGAAAACUCUGAUUUUGUCUUUUUUUUUUUUGUAACCUACAUGAUAUGACGAAUGUUUGGAGCAACAAGAAUAAGACUUAAGUUUAUUUUAAUGUAUGUGGCGUCUUUUUACGGCGUCUCAUUUUGCACAAGUGUCUUCCUCAGAGGAACCACCUUUGGUUCUUCCUCCUCUGGAAGCCAUACUGGAGGCCUUCAGCUCUGUGAACAGCUGAUUUACUGCUCCUCUGUUUGAGCAGCACCUUUACAGCGUUUCUUCCAAGUAAAAUCACAGCUAGUCGCUAAUUAAGUUGCCGUGCGUUAGCUUAAAGCUGCGUAUACGAUAUAUGCUGCAGCUGCCUGCGCUGUUUCGCUGCUGAAUACUUGAAAAAAGUGCAUUAAUGAGACUGAACACUUGCUGUGGGUUUUAGUUGUAUGUAGCAAUUAGGGCUGCAGCCAACAGUUAUUUUAACUUUUGAUUAACCUUUCUUGAAUUAGUGGUUUGAAAUGCCAAAUCAGUGUUUCAAAAGCCCAAGAUGGCGUCCUUAAAUGGAUUGUUUUGUUCUCGACUCGAAGAUAUUCAGUUUACGUGUCAUCGAGGAGGAAAUAAUCCAGAUAAUAUUCAUAUUUAAGAAGCUUGAAUUAAAGAAUUCAGACAUUGUUCCUGAAAAAAAAGACUCAAACAGAUUAAGCGCUUAUUGAAAUAGUUGGCGAUUAAUCGAUUAUUUGAUUCAUCGUUGCAGCUCUAGUAGCAAAAGCUGGUUAUAUUAAUUGUGCAGCUGAUCCCCAGUAAAUCUCUUCAUAACUCUACAUAAAAGGAAAGUUAACAAACAAACUAAUUAAACUACCAUCACACAUGUCUUUCCUGUCAACUUACAGCAAAAUAGUUCGUAGUCGUCUGCAUAUAGGAUGAUUUUUAGGCACAAAAUUCAAGCAGACAGAUUUAGCUUCUGCAAAAUAAGUCAUUUUUUUUGUAAUCAGCUGUUCGUCAGAGUCAGUGAAGUGUUUUUUUGGUGCAUCCCAGACUGUUUGAACCUGCUGGCAGAUUGUUCGAGAAGCCAAGUGUCUUCCUGAAACGAACCGACAGGCUGGAACCUGUUCAGCUGCUCCUCAUCGAACGAUAGCUAAUCAUAAACUCCGGUUGAACAAUACGCCAAAACGCGCUGUGUUCGGGGCGGUUUUUAUUGAAGUUAAUCUGACAGUGUUAGCAUAAUGUUCCACCCACCUGACUGACAGCUCGCAGAUGGUUUCUAAAAGUGACAUUUGGUCUUAAAUGACUGGACAGGACUGUUGAAUGUCUCACAUGGACUGUUGUGUCAUGCCGCGUUCACGUCAAAGCAGAAGAAUUUAAAUCCAAUUUAAUCCAAGCUCUAAUCUGCAGUCUAAAGUAGCAGCGAUUGUACGUCGGAGGUAAUUUAAUCAUAUUUACCGGUAGCCGCCACCAGGGGGCAGACAUGAAUGUUAUUUUUUUCGCAAUCAGUCUCAUCUCUCCGACGUGAGCGUGGCAUCCGCCUCCUUGGCAGAGCUGCGUUUCACAUUGCAUGACAGCCACUACUUCAGUGUAAAUUAUACAGUAUAACGUUACAGCCAAGAUACAGCAAGACCAAACGAUGUAUUAACAUGCCAAAAUGAAAAAAAAGGAAAAAGUAUUUUUGGGAUUAAACUCUUUGUAACUGAA